UGGCAGAAACAGUUACUUUCUAGUGGGCGGAUGCUGAAGUCCGCUUUGGUGAGGUUCACAAGGGUUAGUGUCUGCACCUGGAACAGGCAUUCUCAGGUGCGGCUGAUUUCAUCUUCCCUGCAUGAUAACGUUCGUCACGGUCGCUAUAUGAACAAUAUGGCGAGUAUUAUAUCUUCAUUUUCAGAUAUUUCAGCACGUUCUUGGGUUUUAGACGUACGUCAGAAUGAAUCAUAGUUUAUUAUCAAGAUGGUUCACGCACUCAUCACCUCUAUUUUGUUACUUCAAUUAGCUGCCUCUGAGUCAGUGACCAUCACUCGGCUGCCGGCGUACUCAUCACAGCGACCCUGCGCUCAGCAGUGUUUUGGUGGGGGGAUAUUCACGGCGGCAGGUGCACUUGCAUAUGGAAUCGAAUGCGAGUAUCGCAACCCGCAGAAUGAAUGUGUCUGUCGACCAGAUCUCCAAGAUCAAGCAGAGGCGUACCUACAGACCUGUGUGGACCGCGGCUGUACCGCAAACUCUCUAGACACCAAUAGCGCCGUCUCGAUCUACGAUGAGUACUGUACAUCCGCAGGCUAUAUACGGAACGUUGCAGCGACGACAACAUCAGGUUCUUCUCCCAGCCUGUCUUCGACUAAGUCGCAGCCUCAACAAACAUUCCAUACGUCCACAACGCCAUCGUCAUCUUCUAAUACAGUAGAAGACCCUAGUUACUCGGCCCGUCCCGGUGAAACCCAGACGUCAGCGCCCACUGGCUCGGGAUCAAACGAUGGUAACAACGAGAACAACAAUACGAACAGCAAUGGAGGUAGCAGUGACGAGAAUAACAAUAAAGGAGGUGGCGGUGGACUUGAUACCGGUGAUGUUGUUGGUAUUGUUGUUGGUGUCCUUGGGUUUAUAGCCACUGCUAUAGGGACAUGGUUCACAUAUAAAUCAAUAAAGAACAAGAAACGUCCACAACCCUAAAGCCCAGGGCAGAUGCUUCCAGAUUUUUCAUAUCGCAG